AUGUCUCCGACUGUUUGUGCUUCUCUGUUCAGACCACUGUUGCUCACGCUGCUGGCCAUGCUCUCAGCCAGCAGUCCUGCCUAUGGGAAAGUAGUACGGCCUGGGCUCAAGCUGGGGAGCCUCUUCAAACAAGCAGAUGCUGGUUGCCUGACCCCGAAAGAAUUCCCUCAAAAUGUGAAAGUCGACAUAAGUAUCAGCAACAUAAACCAGGACACCAAAAUGGCUAGUGAUGUCAGCAGCCGGUCAUUGGCUCCAUGGGAUUACAGAAUCGAUGAAGACCCCAACCGCUUCCCCCACGUGAUUGCUGACGCCCAGUGCCGCCACUCCAGUUGUGUGGACUUGGCUGGGCAGCUCGACUAUAGCGUCAACUCCGUCCCGAUCCGUCAGGAGAUCCUCGUCCUCCGUCGGGAGCGGAGGGGCUGCCAACAUUCAUAUCGGCUGGAAAAGAAAACGAUCACUGUGGGCUGCACAUGUGCCAAGCCAGUCAUCCGAUAUCAAGCUUAA